CUCGCUGCUCCGGGAGCGGCUUUUACCGCUUACAUCGUUUCCAUGGGGACUGAAGAUGGCACCGCGAGGUGAGAUCCCGGAGAUAAACGCUUGUCCUCCACGACCAUGGAAAUCCUCUUCUUUCUGAACGGCUGGUAUUACGCUACCUACUUCCUGCUGGAACUCUUCCUAUUUCUGUAUAAAGGCCUCCUACUCCCCUACCCAACAGCCAACCUAGUUUUGGAUGUGGUGAUGCUCCUGCUGUAUCUCGGGAUUGAAGUUAUCCGGCUGUUCUUCGGUACAAAGGGAAACCUCUGCCAACGAAAGAUGCCCCUCGGCAUUAGCGUGGCUUUGACCUUCCCAUCCGCCAUGAUGGCCGCCUACUACCUGCUGCUGCAGACCUACGUGCUCCGCCUGGAAGCCAUCAUGAAUGGCAUCCUGCUCCUCUUCUGUGGCUCAGAGCUGCUGCUCGAGGCGCUCACCCUGGCCACUUUCUCCAGUAUGGACAGGAUUUGAAGCACAAACGUGUCAGCCAGCAGUCCACCCUGGCUUGUGGUUCUGGAGCCACCCCAGUGGAAAUUGGUGGCUUUCAUUGCCCUGGGAGCGGUUGGUUGCAGCUUUCCCUCAGGAGAGACGGUGUGGCAGCAAACCCAGCACCAAGCCCCAGCAGACUGGUACACUCCCGCACAGGGAGAGGCAAGGGACCGCCCCCAGCCUCGGCCCUUCUCAGAGCCAGUUCUCUGCUGACCUCAAGUUCUCCUCUCUGUCCACCGUGGCCGCAGUAUCCGUGGGUACCAUCUAAGCUUUGCAGGCUGCCGGAACCUGGGCCGCUACUGGCUGUGGGUGCUGGGCCACCCCCGUUCCACGAGCCUGGAGCCCCAGGGUGCAGCCCAGAACGGCGAAGCCGCUCCAGAGUUUUUUUUUGGUAGCCGAGUGUGUUAUUUUCUACUCCCAUCAUGAAACAAC